AUGAGCUUGCCAAAUGCGUCGCACCACCACCGUCGACGGAGUUCAUCUCUUGAGCGCCGAGAUCCUUAUUCCUCGCCGUCUGUCUACUACGAUGAGGAAGCCGUGAGACGUCAACUCCUGGGCUCACGAAACAGAGCCGUCACUUCAUACAUCAAGGCCACUCGCGAAAAUGCUCUCGAGGCGUUCAAGGGCAACUAUCCCGCACGGAGGACAAGUCACGAUGAGCACACCCAAAAGAACCAGGAGUUAUUGGUAAACGUCGACGAAACCUUGGAGGCUCUUUUGGACCAGGAAGACGUGGACAGGAACCAACAAAUCACAAUAGAAGAUAACGGUCCCAAGCACAUCAGCUUGGGCACAUUGGCCUCUGCAGGCUACCGAUCGGCCGAAGUUCGUGGAAAUUACAUGAUCAGCAACCUCCUCCAAGAAUUGACGCUGGCCAAAGAUUUGGGCAAGAAGGUGGUCAAGAUACACCGCUCUCGAUUGAGUGAAAACCCCGUCGAUCGCCUUUCGCGCCGCAUCCGGGAUGAGUUCUGGGACAAUCUGACCCGGUGCCUGGACGCAGCCACAAUCGAAAAAGCAGGACGCGAUCCCAAAGACUGGACUGCCGAUCCCAGGCCUCGCAUCUAUAUUCCCUCGGGCUGCCCGGAGCAGUUUGAAUACUACACCCAGGUUGCCAAAGACCGUCCCGACAUGCGACUGGACGUCCGGUGGCUUCCCGAAGGUCCCAUCACCGCAGAAUACGUGCGAGGGCUCAAUAGUGCCCCUGGCAUUCUAGCCCUGGCUAUGAGGAAAGAGAUGGUCAAUGGACAAGAGACACUCAAGGGGGAACCAUUUGUCGUUCCUGGAGGACGUUUCAAUGAGCUUUACGGGUGGGAUAGCUACAUGGAGUCCCUGGGUCUGCUUGAGAAUGGGCGAGCGGACCUGGCCAAGUCCAUGGUGCUGAACUUCGCCUUCUGUAUCAAGCAUUAUGGCAAGAUUUUGAACGCCAACCGUUCGUACUACCUCACUCGAUCACAACCGCCCUUCCUGACCGACAUGGCUAUGAAGGUCUAUGACAAGAUCAAGCACGAACCGGGGGCCCUGGACUUCUUGCGCUUAGCCAUCCGAGCAGCCAUCAAGGAAUACUACAACGUAUGGAUGUCGGCGCCUCGUUAUGAUCCAGGAACUGGGUUGUCACGAUACCGGCCCGAUGGUCUUGGUGUACCGCCGGAGACCGAGGCGUCUCACUUUGUGCACAUUUUGACACCGUAUGCCAAAAAGCACGGGAUGACGUUUUCCGAGUUUGUCGAGGCAUAUAACAGUGAAAAGGUGCACGAGCCGGAGCUGGAUGAAUACUUUUUGCAUGACCGUGCCGUCCGCGAAUCUGGCCACGACACAUCGUACCGAUUGGAAGGGUGUGCGGCGAACCUGGCCACGAUCGAUCUGAAUUCGCUGCUGUACAAGUACGAAAUCGACAUUUCCUGGUGCAUUCGGAUUCAUUUCAAAGAUCGCUUGAGCAUUCCCACCGAGUUUCAGACCGAGGCCAACCGCAAAGAAGGGUUCGAGACGUCGGCAACGUGGGAUCGCCGAGCACGACUGCGCAAGGCCCGCAUUGACAAGUACAUGUGGAACGAAGCCAAGGGCAUGUACUUUGACUACGACACGGUGCGGAAGCAGCGCACAACCUAUGAGACUGCAACCACCUUCUGGGCGAUGUGGGCAGGGUGUGCGUCUCCCAAACAAGCGGCUGCGCUGGUGCUCAACGCUCUGCCCAAGUUCGAUUGCUUUGGAGGGCUGGUGUCGGGGACUGAGGAGUCUCGCGGAGAAGUAGGCCUGGAUCGACCCAACCGGCAAUGGGACUAUCCGUUCGGAUGGGCUCCUCAGCAGAUGCUGGCAUGGGGAGGCUUCAAACGAUAUGGGUACAUUGAGGAAGCGCAGCGACUGGCGUACAAAUGGCUGUACAUGGUUACCAAGGCAUUUGUCGACUUCAACGGGGUGGUGGUGGAGAAGUACAACGUGACUCGAGAGCUGGACCCGCACAAGGUCGAGGCUGAAUAUGGCAACCAAGGUGCCGACUUCAAGGGCGUGCCGCGGGAAGGGUUCGGCUGGGUCAAUGCCAGCUACGUGUAUGGAUUGUCGGUUAUUCCGAUGCACAUGAAGCGCGCCCUCGGCACCCUCACGCCAUACGAGACAUUUGCAAAAGCGACCGAGAUCAAGCUUGGCGCGGUCGAAGAUACCAUUCAAGAAGGAUCGGACGAAUCGAGACAAGACUCGUCUGACGAGGCGGUGGCCAGUUCGAGCCUGGAAUCGCUAUGA